CAGUGCUUAGCCUAAGGAACACGCAGGAGGAAGAGCCGCCGGACCCGCAGCUGAUGAGGCUGGACAACAUGCUGAUCGCGGAGGGGGUGGCGGGGCCGGAGAAGGGCGGCGGUGUGAGCGCGGCGGCGGCAGCCAGCGCGGCGGCCAGCGGCCAGGUCCAAGACAACGCCAUCGAGCACUCCGACUACCGUGCCAAGCUCGCCCAGAUCAGGCAGAUCUACCACCAAGAGUUGGAGAAGUACGAGCAGGCGUGUAACGAGUUCACGACGCACGUGAUGAACUUGCUGCGGGAGCAGUCGCGGACGAGACCGAUCACGCCGAAAGAGAUCGAGAGGAUGGUGCAGAUCAUCCACAAGAAGUUCUCCUCCAUCCAGAUGCAGCUGAAGCAGAGCACCUGUGAGGCGGUUAUGAUUCUCAGGUCCAGGUUCCUCGACGCCAGGAGAAAAAGGCGAAACUUCAGUAAACAGGCGUCUGAAAUCCUUAAUGAAUACUUCUACUCCCACCUGAGUAACCCCUACCCCUCGGAGGAGGCCAAGGAAGAACUUGCGAGGAAGUGUAGCAUAACCGUAUCACAGGUGUCGAAUUGGUUCGGAAACAAGAGGAUCAGGUACAAGAAGAACAUAGGGAAGGCACAAGAAGAAGCGAACCUCUACGCUGCGAAGAAGGCGGCAGGAGAUGGUCGAUUUUUCAAAAGAGAGAAAGUGGAAAGAACUAACAGGAAUGCGUGUGUUGCAGCCGGAGCUUCCCCGUAUAGCCUGGGCCCUGGAUCAGGGGGCACCGCCACCCCGAUGAUGUCGCCAGCACCCCCGCCGCAGGACUCGAUGGGCUACUCGAUAGGUAUCAACGGUACAGAUUACAGCUCACCGAUGUCUGCGGCACAGACACCGUACUCGGACGGUAGCCUCGGCUAUGAAGGGAUGCAUCAGGGGAGCGGUAAGACGUCCGGCUCUCCGCCACUGGUGCGGGGGGAGGGGUGGAACCCACCGAGGGAGCAGAUCCCAGACUUCCAGCCUCUCCACCCAGAAGAUAGUGGGGACUCGUCGGACAUCGACAUCAAGCGACCCAAGAUAUAAGUUACCCUCCGCAGGCGCGCAGUUCAGUAUUAAACGAAGCAGAGCGCGAACAGCAAAACGAACGAAGGAGACAAUAAAUGGAGGAAGGAGCUUGGUGUGAACGGAACCCCUUCAGCUGCCCCCUCGGGAGUGCAUUGCCCCUAACUCAUUGUGAUACAGCUAUUGUUUAUAUUUAUAGAAUUUAAGUGUUAUGUUAAAAAAAAAAGUUUAGUUCUCUCUUAUUGUGUAACGUAACUUCAAUUUCCUCAUUGUGUUCAUUAAAUUAAAACUUCUUUAAUUUUCUUUUUUUUUCGUUUCUUGUUGUAUAAUUAUAAUAAAUAAGGGAGAAUUAUAUUACUCUACGUAUACCGCGGGUACUGCACCACUAGAGGGGGCAUUGUGCAUUUGUAUAAAAUUGAGGAUAUACGUGUAAAGUUGUAAUUGUAAUUGAAUUUUGUAGAUGAUUUGUUUAUAUACAUUUGGUGGAGGUGAUUGUAAAUUAUAAAUAACUCCCCCUCCUUGUUUUAAUUGAUUCAGUUUAUAUAUAUGCAUUUCUCUUUUUCUUUAUUAUAAUUUUUUUUUUUACGCACAAUUAAAAGUGGAAUUACCAAUGAAAAUAAUUAUGGACUAAAUUAAUGUAUAACAGAGACUCUUUUGUACGUUAUUGUUUUAUUUUUUAUUGAAACCAGUCGACAAAGCAAUAUCAGACGAUUACGUCUGUAUUUUAGCGGAUAUACGAACGAAUCAUUUUCCAUUUGUGUAUAUUUAUGUUCCGAUGAUAGUUAUAAAUAAAUUGAUAGUGUUAUAUUACCUUAUUAUCUAGCUUUAUGUCUAAUGUACAGAGAGCUUAAACAAGUAUACGUACAUAAAUACACAUCAUAUUUAGUAAAUAAGCAAACCUUGUGGUCAUCGGAGUCAAUCUCCUGCUUCGUAUACGAAGUUAAAAUUUAAGUAUUAAAAUAUUUAAUAAAAUUUCAAUGGCCUCGUUAUAUAAAAAAAAGUUUUUUCAUACAUUGCUUAUUUUAUUUUUAGACAUUAUAUGCACAAUCUUUGUAUGCCUUUUAACUAUUGUAUACUCUAGCUAUUUAAGUCGACUUUAAUGAAGAGUUGGCAAAAUGCGAUUGUUCCUAAAAAAGCAAUCCGCAGUGAUUAUGAAUGAUAUACCAGGAUUCUCUAUGAUCCGCAAAACAAUAUAUGUAUACGAUUUUCUAAAAAAAAAUAAAAACAAAAUGUAAUACAUUGUAACAAUAUUGUUAUUCUAAUACGUAUAUAAGGUAGUGUAAUUUGAAGAUUUUUUAGCAUAUAUACCUAGGCGACAGAGUUUGUGUGAUUACUAACAAUUAGUUAAAACUAUGUGUAAUGUGUUUGGCCAGUAAGCAUGGAAUAUCGGUUGGAACACGCAAAAAUUAAAGCAUGUUCAUUAAAUACAAAAUGAGUAAAUAAAUAUAUAUCUAUAUAUUAUAUAUAUAAUAUAUAUAACAAUUUCGUGUAAAUAUUUUUUUUUGUAAUAAAUAAAAAGGUGCAUAAUAUUUACUUAUUCGAUAUUUCUGGAUAUGCUUGAAUUUUGCGAGUGGUGCCUAUGUAUUUCGGGGGUGAAUGUGGACAAUUUUAUGGAUACGCGUAUACCAUUGCAAAUGUGAUCGGGUUACUGUCUCUAGCUUUAAUGGUUUCUGCUCACAAUUAGCAGUUUUAAAUAAUAACGGGCUGUAGUAUUUUUGACUUUUACAUUUUAUUUUAUAAAAUUUAAUUUUGUUGUAUCCGACAACAGGCAAAAUUAUUUUUUACUACUUAUCUCUCUCACUCAGGUAUUAUAACUAUCAAUCGAGUUAUUUUUUCAUAAAACAGUGUGGUUUCGUAUAAAUCAUAUCUUUAUCCGAAUACCAUAGGGAUAAAAAUAUGAUUUGAGCCGACGACUCUGUCUGUCAAUCUUGUAUACAAUCAAGCAUAGGCAUUUUAAAAAAAGAAAAAGAAAAAAAAAUUUAAAAAAAGAAUCGGCAUAGAGGCUUAAAUGUUUAGAUUCGCGAUGUACAAGUUUUAGAAUUGGAAUUUUUAUCUGAUAGU